GCCUGCACAAGCGGUCCGCAGCGCUGCCGAGAAGUCUUGCAACGGCAUGCAUGCGCGAUGGCUAGCAGCCACACUGGCAUGCAGUGCUACCGCACUGGUCGCACCGCGCCCUGCACUGCAGUUACGCAUGGCUGCAGCAUCGGAGGAGCCGCCGCCACAGCCUACACUAGCUGCUGAAACGCUUUCCGGCAUCAACGUAGCCUUCUCAUUGCUCUCAAAGGCGGUUGCGUGCAGUGCGAUCGUGGGCGUCGACCCGCUGGCGGGCCUCUGGUCAUCAGUGGCGCUGGGCGGCGCCAGUCUCGUCGGCGGCAUGCGCCCUGGCGUGAUCGCAGGCUCGGCGGCAGUGGUGGCCGUGCCACUGGGUGCAUUUGCAGCGACGCACGGCACGGCAUUGGUCCCGCUCGUGGUCUUGCUGGCUGCAUUGCUGGAGGGCAUAGCCGGCGCGCUGGGCCUCGCGCGGGCCGUGGAUCUCGUUUCUGCCGAGGUCCUCGCCGGCUUCCUCAACGCUCUCGGUGCGGCUCUACUGAUGUCGCAGGUUUCCACACUGGCUGCGUCGCCGUACGCGGCCGGAGUCGCGGGCCUCUGCGUGGUACUCACGCGCCUCCUACCGUCCAAGCCUGUGCCCUCCUCCCUGAUAGGGCUAUUCGUCGCUUCCGCGGUCGGCUCCGCAUUCGGCCUGGACAGCCUCGCGGCGACGGCGGACCCGGCAGCCUUCGCCGGCGGACUCGCAGCGCUCCCGACGCCGCCAGACCUGGCACCGCUCCUGAACGCAGACGCCGUUGCAGUGGCACUCCCAGCGGCGUGCGGGAUCGCGUUCAUAUCCAUACUGGAGACUUUACUUGCGGCGCGCGUAGUGGAUGAUAACAGAUGCGAGGAGCUGUGCACGUUCUUUUACGAUGAGAAUGAUGAAAUCGUACUCGAGGGUGGACAAGGACCGCUCGACGUCCCGACGAGUAGUGUCUUGGCCCUGUCGUUAGGCAACGCGGUCUCAGCGGCGACUGGCGGCUUCGGCGGGUGCGGUCUAGUUCCUCAAACGGUCUUGAAUCUACAGUCUGGCGGUGCCGGAACUGCGUCCGUCGCUGCCUACGCGUCGUCGAUGGCGCUCUUCGGCCUCGUUUUGGCGCCGGCCGUCGGACAGAUUUCCGCUGCGGCGCUCGCCGGUGUGUUGGUGAGCGUCUCCAUCGACACUAUACAGUGGCGGCCGACGCUCGAAACAGUGCGUGCGGCACUUGAGGACGACGACGACGCGCGACGACGACUCGUCGUGCUCGUCGUGACAGCGGUCCUCUGCUACGAGGUCGGCUUCGCCGCCGGAAUAGUCGCUGGUGUGGCGCUGGACAAGGCGCCAUCAAUGCGACGUGUGUACUAA